AUACGUUUCAUAACCGCAGUUCAGAUAUAUGUAUUUCAUAUAUUCGUUGUGAUUGUAUAUUAUAUCGUAGUAUCCGAACUUUUACCAGUAGCCCUCAAAAUUACUACCUGACCCGACAGUUUCCAAAUCCACCACAAUUUUCCAUCGUCUAGAACCUUAUCGUUUAUGGAAAUGACAUCAAAACUAAAGCGGAAUAACAAGGCGCAGCCGAGUGCUUUCACCGCACUCAUGUAUUGUAUUUGAGAACGCUCAGUUUUCCUGACAGCGUUCAUGACAGCUGUCAAACGUUGAUGGGAUUAUGGGGAAGGGCAGGAAUGAUUGCGUGACGUGACAAGCCCAUGACGUCCAUAUGAUGGGCUAGCUAUCAAAAGUGUUCUAACGUUUCCUCCUGCGGUCUAGUGCUUUUUCCGUGAAGCGAGUACGCAUCGCAGUGAAACUUCUAUCAUAUGAGAAAAAAUUACUUUCUAACGUCUUCCUGGUCGAGAAGAAAUCGGAGGCUUUCAUGACGCAAUCAUUAUUGUUUGGAGGACCUACGAUUGGCUUUCGAUGAUCCGCUUCCCAAACACAGUGGCUGUUUUGACUUUUCAGUCAUAUUUCCACCAAUUGUCAUUUAGAAUUCUUCAGUAUCCUUGAUGUGACUCUAGGAACUCUAACAUGUUAUUGGGACAGCUUGCUUUUGGAUGAGGAUAAAUGCACCUGAUGAUGAUUCAGUAAAGCUGUAAAUACUUUCGUGAAUAAUCUCACCGUCUUCGUCCUGUACACUUUGCGUAAGUGUUCAUCCAAAUUUCGAAAUAUUAUGUUCUAUGCUUAAGUUACAGUACAAAAGUUGUGAGGACAUGGCAAAAUUGUCCGCAUGUUUGAGGCGACAUAAACUAAAACUAUUAACGCUGUUGCUUUUGUGCUCGGGUGUUUGCCAUCUUCUAAUUUUGGAAUUCACUAGUAACAGCAACUCAAAUUCUGUGCCUUUACAAACGCUAAAUCUCACCACAUUGGACAAACGCGAUGGAAACUCAAGCAAUGUGGCUUCUGAAAAUGUAAAUGAUCUUCCCAGUAGCGUUGCUUCUUUAAAGCCCACUUACACCGGAGAAUGGCAAAAUUAUUUUUCUUUCGUCUACUCCAACGGUGGAUCAAGCUCAUCGACCGUGACGGAUGAAAAUAAUCGCUACGUGAUGGUUCUACCUUUUUCAAAAACAGAGGAGAAGGCUUCUAACGACUUGGCGGAAGACGAUAAACUCUCCCUUCAAAAAUUGCAUGAAUUUCUCGAUGUUAUGAUCGAUUUCGACGGCGCAACAUGUUCUCAGCCGUCGACUGGACACAAACAAGCGGGUUACGAGUACCGGGAAAAACUUUAUAAUCAAAGGAAGAAUUCGCUGGAUUCGUCCUGGUGUCGAUUUAUCACAAAGAAAUGGAGCCUUCAUAUAAGAAAUACGGGUCCAGUGCUAAAUACACAUCUUCGAAAUAAAACGUCAACAAAUUUAUCCUAUUUAAACAAAUUUUCGCUUUCGGACUUCGCGAACGGUAAAAUGAUUGCGUACCAAGUUUGUAAUAUUGCGAACGGUCCUUUCGUAAUGAGAACAGAUGUGUUCCAUCGCACUGGAGGAUUUCUCAACGGAUUUGGUAGAAUGGCUUUGCUCGAAUUUUUUCUUCGAUCGAAAGGCGAACUAAAGAUAGCAAAGCUAGUAAAUUGCACGUGGACACGUGGGAUUACGCGCGUAGAUCGUGGCACUUUAGAAGGUUCAAACUUUGUCCCGGAGUACGCUGCUUUUGGGAAUAAAUUCAAUAUUCUUCGCAUCGUGACGGACAAUCGAAUUGAAUGGACAACAUGUAUUGCAAACUGGAAAUUAUGCCCAGAGAAACCCUAUGUUAAGCCAACAGAGCUUCCUGACGUGGCAGCACCGAUUUGUUGCGGCGUUGUUUUAUUUCAAAUGCUGAAGGACAUCACGUGGGCACUGACUCAACUAGGUGUAGAACAUCGGGUUAUUUAUGGUACACUGUUAGGCGCAGUUAGAAGUCAGACUAUCAUACCUUGGACAUGUGAUGUUGAUAUUGCGCUUCCGAAGGCUGACUAUAGGAAUGUUUCAACCUAUUCAUCUGUGGCAGAACUUUUAAAGACAAAUGGCUACCAUUAUUAUUUAGGGAUGUCUUUUAUGGGUAUGCCAAGGGGCCACAUGCUGAUGGGACCUUAUAUAGAGGUUGAUACAGCUCCCUUUUUUCAUGGCCCUGAUGAUUUAGAAGGUAGUAAUUUACUAUUUAGCAGCAAAAUAGAGCAAGCCAUACAGGGUAUGCUGCCUGUUGCAUCAGGCUGGAGACAACGUCGUUAUGUUGACUUUUAUGUUUCCCCUUCAGUUUGGCUGAAUGGAUCGGCUCUUGCUACCAUUAACAAUGAGAAAUUUAUUACUCUGAAGGACAUUGACUAUGAGUUAACAAAUUGGUAUGGCAAAGGUUAUCUUCAACCAGCCCUUCGAGGAGAAUGGUUUGGUUACUCAGACUAACAAACUUCUAUUGUUUCGAAGCUUUACUCCCUGAUUUUAGCACAAAUACCAUUGCUCACUUUUUCAUUUGUCACUGCUCGUAAGGGUGUGUAAAUUUUCCCCCUAGUACAUGUAAACAACUAAGAUUAAACGGUGCUAGCUUUCACAAAAAUGGAGCUAAAUUUUUUAAUGUGUGGUUUUUGAGUCCACCCUAAGAAAGACAGUCAAGUGUGUUUUUUAAUACAAGUGAUGUCACCAGGAGAUACUGAAGACACAUUAACGUGAGCAUUUACUUUAAUAUAUUGUUAUAAGGUGUUA